AUGUCGACUUGCGGACGUGGGCGAGGUAGAGGCAGAAUAGGCAAUGCUAUGCCUGAAGCGUCAUGGAAUACUCCUAACCCUGUAGACUUCAUGGCUGCUUUAGGCAAUAUGGCAGCAGCAAUGCAAGCGACAACUGAAGCCCUGGGAAAUCAAAUUAAUAAUGGAAAUAAUGGCAAUAAUGGUGAUAAUGGUCCAAUGUCACUUUCUUCCUUCCUGAAAGGUCAGCAGGUUCCUGAUAAACAGUGGGUUGAGUUUGGAACCUACCAGCUGCACGGUGAAGCUCAGUAUUGGUGGCAGGGCAUGAGACGCAUUCUGCAGCCUGAUGGGCUUGUGAUAUCUUGGGAGUUGUUCCAAGAGGAAUUCUAUAAGAAGUAUUUCCCCAACUCAGUUAGAAAUGCCGAAGAACUUGAAUUGCUUCAGCUGAAAUUGGGCCAGAUGACCAUAACUGAGUACACCAGUAAAUUUGAGGAAUUGUGCCGCUUUUCAUGCAUCUGUCAGGGAGCUCUUGAGGACUUUGCUGAGUGGAAGUGCAUAAAGGUGGCUAAGGAGUGUGCGAGGAAGGCUGCAGUAGGAAAUGGAAGUAUAAGGAUGCCAUUCCCGAGGACCAUAGGGAGGAAUUUUGCACCUAGGGGCAGACAGUUUAAGCGUGGCGGCUUUGUCCCUCAGAACAAUCAGGAGCAAGGCAACUUCAGGAGGCCUAAUACUCUGCAGCUUGACGGGGUUGUGAUCUCUUGGGAGUUGUUCCGAGAGGAAUUCUAUAAGAAGUACUUCCCCAACUCAGUUAGAAAUGCCAAAGAACUUGAAUUGCUUCAGCUGAAACUGGGCCAGAUGACCAUUACUGAGUACACCAGUAAAUUUGAGGAAUUGUGCCGCUUUUCAUGCAUCUGUCAGGGAGCUCUUGAGGACUUUGCUGAGUGGAAGUGCAUAAAGUAUGAAGCGGCCUUCGAAAACAAUCAGGGGCAAGGCAACUUCAGAAGGCCUAAUACCUAUGCUAAUCAGGGAAGGAGACAGGGGAAGCAGCCACAGCAGGAUGUGAGUUGCCACAGAUGUGGUAAGUACCAUUCUGGGCCAUGCAGGUUUGGGACUGGAGUCUGUUAUUCUUGUGGGCAGCCUGGACACUUGGCUAACAGUUGCCCAGAGAAGAAGAGGUAUGAGACAGGUAGAGUGCAACAGCCAGGGAGAGUGUACACUACUUCUUUAGUAGGCGCUGAGGGGUCAGAGACACUGAUCAGAGGUAACUGUGAGAUGGCUGGUAAAACUUUGAAUGCCUUGUUUGAUUCUGGAGCUUCACAUUCUUUUAUUGUAUUUGAGAAGGCUGAUGAGUUAGGAUUGAAAAUAGUAGUACUAGGGUAUAAUUUAAAGGUGUAUAAUGCUACCCAUAAGGCUAUGGUGAUGAGGUUAGGAUGCCCCCAAGUUCCUUUUCGAAUACAACAGCGUCACUUCAUGCAUAAACUAAUUUGUUUGCCGAUGACUGGACUUGAUCUCAUUUUGGGAUUGGACUGGUUAUCCAAGAACCAUGUUUUACUCUAUUGCUCUACAAAAACAGUGUGUUUUAUGCCUGAAGACACAGAGGAGACGGUUGUGGUAAAUAACUACUUCCUGAAUUCCAUAACAGUGAACUGUUCUGGGGCCGAAUGUCAGGGAAUAUUGUUGUUAGCUGCGGGUGUUUUGGGUGAUGUUCAAAGCUUGGAGAAAAUCCCGGUGGUGUGUGAGUUUCCAGAGGUGUUUCCUGAUGAUAUUGAGGAAUUUCCACCUAACCGAGAAGUUGAGUUUGCCAUUGAGUUAGUACUUAGGGCUGGACCAAUCUCGAGUGCUCCUUAUAGGAUGUCACCUCUAGGAAUGGCCGAAUUGAAGUCUCAACAGGAGGAUUUGUUGGUGUUACUAGUGAAGAAGAAAGAUGGGAGUAUGCGCUUAUGUGUUGACUAUAGGCAGCUGAAUAAGAUUAUUGUGAAGAAUAAAUACCCGUUGCCAAGGAUUGAUGACCUGAUGGACCAGUUACAGGGAGCCGAUUACAUGAACAAGAUUUUUCAUCCAUAUCUAGAUAAGUUUGUUGUUGUGUUUAUUAACGACAUUCUUAUCUACUCUAAGACAGAGGAUGAGCAUGCAGAACACUUGCGAACAGUGCUACAAAUCCUGAAGGAUAGGAAGUUCGAAGAGUUUGGGACUUUAUGCCUAAGCCAGUUACAAAUUUCAAGCGACUUCAAGGCUGAACUACUAAAGGCUCAUCAGAAUGACCAAGAAUUAUAUAAUAUUUUUCCAACGAUUAAGAAAGGCAAGCAAUGGAGAGUGUCAGAAGACAAAGAUGGGUUGUGGAGGUUCAAGGGUCGAAUAAUUGUGCCAGAUGUUAGGGAUUUACGACAGAGCAUAUUGGAGAAAGCUCACAAGAGCAGGUUCUCCAUUCAUCCGGGAAGCACCAAGAUGUAUCAAGAUCUAAAGACGAUGUUCUGGUGGCCAGGAAUGAAAAAUGAUGUGGCAUUACAUGUUUCCAAAUGCCUAACUUGUCAGAAAGUCAAAAUUGAACACCAAAGACCAGCAGGAACCCUUCAACCUUUGGAGAUUCCACAGUGGAAAUGGGAGAGCAUUGCUAUGGAUUUUGUGUUGGGUUUACCAAGGACUCGAACAGGUUGUAAUGCUAUUUGGGUGGUUGUAGAUUGA